AUGGCUUCCCUUUGGUUUUUGUUGCUCGCUCUGUGUUGUUACACCUCAUCCACCGAUGCGAAGAGUCCGGUGACAAAGUUCCACUACGACUACCAUCGCAUAGAGGAAACGCAUCAGGCGUGGAAGUGUUGGAAAGAAGGUUACCGACCAGCAACCUCGGACAAGAUUCACGAUUCUGGCAAUGGAACUGCUGCAGAAAUUGAGCGUAUCUUGCGUUUCGACCAGUCCAAUACGGUCCUUUUCCUAUUUACCAGCAAUUCGAUCAAUCUUAACCUUCACACAACGUUCCAAAUCGAACGCAACAAGCUCGUUCGUCUCUCGCUGGACAAUGCAGGAUUGGAGCGAUUGGAGCUAGCUUUCACUGGUCGCGAUAAUGAUUGCCGUCUGGCUGAGCUGUCAGUGCCGCGCAAUAGGCUGGCCGCUCUUCCUUCCGGAAUAGAGCGUUUAACCGCCCUAAGAAAGUUUGACUUUAGCUACAAUCUGUUGGAGGAGUUCAACUUGGAUCGGUUAGCGAAUGCGGCUGGAUUGAAGCAACUACUGCUAGCACACAACCGGCUGGAGAGUUUUCGAUCAUCGGUACAGACAAGCUUCGGCUCGCUACAUAAGCUGGAUUUAUCGAACAAUCGAUUAAGAACGCUUGAUUCGACGUACUGGAGUAUGCCACAGCUGGAAACGUUCCAGGUCGAUAAUAAUCGUCAUCUGACGACGAUUGUUGGUUGGACGCGGAAUCGAUUUCCGCUGGUGAAAGGAUUCGAUCCAGCCGGUACGAACAAUUGGAAUCAAACGUGGCUGAAAUCGGUACAGUAG